AAAUGUAAAAUGGAGGUAGCAGCUUAGUAUACCAGGAUGAGUUUCGUUUACGUCCUUGUCGGUAAACACCAGGAAAUAAUUACAGAUAUCAUGGCAGAAUAUGCACAGACGUCUACUUCGAUAUUUUAAAGAUGGAUCCCAUUCUCAACUUGGUAGCUAUUUGGAUGUAUGUAAUAAUUUUUAUAAAGAGGCAGAGCUAACAUAUACCAGUAGUUCUCUGACACCCGCGUCAGGAAGUGGAGCUAGAAUGAAAUCACAAUGAACCCAACAUGGCUAAUUUUUUCUUGGAGUAUAAGUGCCAUGGUCAUCACGAUAGCUGACACCAUUGAAGAUGGAAGUACCACUGUCUCCAAUGUGUCUGCAGAGUACUUAUUAUGGAUAUCUAAUGAAAGACAAUAUGAGAUUAAUCGCCCUUCUAUGAUCAUCCAUAUAAUUACAAUCAUUUGGGGUUUAAUCGGAAAUUCGCUUGUGAUAUAUGUGUUUGGAAUCAGAUUUAAGAAGUCAACAGAUAACGUAUUUGUAACUUGUCUGGCAGUUUUUGACACAAUCAUGUGUUUUCUUUUAAUAUUGGAAACUUUAGAUUUGAGAUUUCCGAUGUACAGCGGCGACUAUCCAGCUCUUUGCAAAAUGGUUCGCUUUAUAGAAGGUUUUAUCAAAUCGUUUUCUAUCAUCUUACUUAUAUGUGUAGCAUUAAACCGUUAUUACAAAAUAUGCAAACCUCACAAGCAUAUUUCAGUUGAAAAAGUAAAGAAAAUUUUAAUUGCAAGUUUUGUAGCUGCCAUGAUUUUUAGUUGGCCCGCCUUAUUAUUUCAUGGUUCGGAAACGAUGGUGACACACUAUCCUAGAAUAACUGGAAAUGAUUGUGCUGCUGAUGAUAAAUUUAAAGGUUCGCUUUAUUCUGCAAUGUAUUUCAUUUUCAUUUUAGUUAUAAUAUCUUGUUGCAUUGUUGUAUUGCUAGCUUUAUAUUGUUUUGUUAUCUGGACAUUUUUGAAAAGGAAGUUCACAGCUAUUGAAGAGAAUCAAGAUUCGGCUAUAUGGUAUUCUAAUACUUCGUAUCAUUUUCAAAGAUCUUCAAACAUAAGUUUAAUUCGAAAAAUACAGUCAGGAACAGAUACUGAACAGAGACUACAGUCCAAUUUUACGGACAUGGCUGAAAAUUUUGGAAAAGAAAAUAAUUCUAACGAACAGAAACCUGAUCGUAGGACAGUCGAAAAUAAACACCAGUCCAGAUUCGUGGUUCUGGGGGAACAAAAUAAAUCUACAAAUGGAAGCCAAAAUGUUUUAACCCCAGAGAGUCAAAAUAAGACAGAACUACAAAAUACACCUAUUCCGUUAAGGGGUAUUCUGAAAAAUAAGUUAGAAGACAACAACAAAAUGCUAAAUAAAUCUGCUAUAGCGUAUCUUAGUGGUCAAUAUGAAGCAGAGGAAGAGUUCCAGGUUAGUGAUAGACCCAAGAAGACCGUGUCCUUCAUGUUCUCAAUUGCUGACUGUGAUGAACAUCCCAAAGUCACACCUUCUGAACCCGAGGAUAAUUCAAACGAAGUGUCCCAAAGGCAUCUAGCAUUAAAUGUGGACGAAGAAGAAAUAGUGGAUACAGUUUUACUAAAAACUAAAAACAUAAAUACUUUGGUGAAUAAACAAAAUAGUGGUGCAAAGGAAAACGAUGGAUCUAUAACUAUAACGUUCUGCUUGAUAACAGUAAUCUAUGUGUUAUGUUAUAUUCCAACCCUAGUAGUAGAGAGUAUGAAUGCAGUGCAGCCAUUCAACCUGAAAGAGAUGUCAACCACAGCCCAGCAAUUCAUGGUGCUAGCCUAUUCAGCCUACUUCAUGAAUCUUUUAUUCAAACCCCUUAUAUACAGUGUUUUUAAUAAGCAGUUUCGAGAUGAGAUUAUCUUAAUUUGGACAGACAAAUUCAAAUAA